AGUGUGGCAUUCGGGUAGGCUGCCCUAUGAAUUUGCGGUCACUCACUCGGCUGGGUUCAGGAUGAUUGAUGCAGAAUCUUUUGUUUUAGGCUACUGAUCGUAGUGGUAUGACGUGAUACGACGUGGCAGCGAGGAUGAUCUCAAUUUGGAUUUUUUUGUCUUUUUGAUCUGGGUUACAUGCAUCGUGGUAGAGUAUUGCAUUAUGCGAGCGAGCGUUUAUUCAAGACAAUGAGCCAGCAGCGUCAGUUGGUAGCCUAUAGCGAUUCGGUUGACUGCAGACAUCGCUAUUCGGAUACACAGCUUGGAUCCGCAAGCUCCAAAAUGGGAUUAUUGCUUUCCACCCGUCAUGUCGGUGGCAGCGGGACCGUUUGAGCGAGAGUGAGUGAGUCCCACCGGCCAGCUGGGAUGAACAUGCCACUGCACCAGAUCUCUGUCAUCCCCCGCGACGUGCCCUCCUCCAGGGUCUCGGGCAGCGGGAAAGCAAAGGACAAGGACCGCGACAAGCAGAAUGAGAAGCCUCUCGGCCAUUCUGCAAGCAGGUCCAGCAACAUCUCAAAGGCGGGCAGCCCGACAUCAGUAAACGCCCCGAGCACGUUCUCCCGAACCUCCGUCACCCCUUCCAGUCAGGACAUCUGCAGUCCGAAUGCGCUGGCGCACGAUCAGGGCUGCCCGAAGCCCGUGCACACCGCCGUGGUGCUGCUUAACGCCAACGGCAAAAGCGCGACGUCGUCGCCGCAGGGCGUCACCACCACCACCUUCCUCCCGCCGGACUCGCCGGUCAAGCCCAAGCCCAAGGCGGCGUUCGGCGCCGACUGGCUGUCGCUGCUCAGGGCCCCGGUGAACAUCCGGGGCGACGACGGCACGCUCAAGUUCUCGCGCUCGCUCAACGACAUGGGCCAGCGGAUGGACAACCUGUGCAGCGGCCUUCACUUCAUCGACCGCACGUGCUCGGACGGCGAGCUGGGCCUGGAGCCGGACAUGCCGCCCGCCGAUGACCACGGCAAGACCUCUACCUCCGGCAAACCCGCCCAGCGGGCCCUGGGGUUCCCCUUCACCCGAUCGCCCUCCUUCUCCACCAACUACAAGUUUGUGUGCGGCCCGGUGCCCGAGCAGACCCUGUCGGCGCCGCCCGUGCCCCUGCCCGCGCCCGAGCCGCCCAAGGGCUCCAACCUGCUGCGCAUCUUCUUCCCCUUCAGCCACUCGUCCACGGCGGGCAGCCUGCACGCCUCGGAGAUGGGCAGCCUGGCGUCGCGCCUGCACAUCACCAAGUCGGCCAGCGCGCUGCUGGAGGGCAGCGAGUCCUUCCUGGCCGAGGAGGUGGGCGAAGACGAGGUGUUCGAGGAGGACGAGCCGCCCGCCGUGCAGCACUGGCGGCUGAAGGUGGAGGGCCUGCGCGCCCCGCUCUGCUCGCUGGAGUGCGACAGCGACCUGGACCGCUGCCCGUCACCGAUGUCCGACAAAAACGGGCCGCUCUCGCCCUACUCGCUGUCCGGUGACUGCUGCAGGAUCUGUCACUGUGAGGGGGACGACGAGAGUCCACUGAUCACGCCAUGCCACUGCACGGGCAGCCUGCGCUUCGUCCAUCAGACCUGCCUGCAGCAGUGGAUCAAGAGCUCCGACACACGCUGCUGCGAGCUCUGCAAGUAUGAGUUCAUCAUGGAGACUAAACUCAAGCCACUGCGCAAGUGGGAGAAGCUGCAGAUGACGGCGAGCGAGAGGAGGAAGAUCAUGUGCUCCGUCACCUUCCACGUCAUCGCCAUCACCUGCGUGGUGUGGUCACUCUACGUGCUCAUCGACCGGACGGCGGAGGAGAUCAAACAUGCCGGGAGAAUACCAGGAAGACUUAAGCUGCAUCCUGGCCAUACAUACGGAGCCUCCAAAAGCAGGAUCUUGGAAUGGCCAUUUUGGACCAAGCUGGUGGUGGUGGCCAUAGGCUUCACUGGGGGACUGGUGUUCAUGUAUGUGCAAUGCAAAGUGUACAUCCAGCUGUGGCGGAGACUUAAGGCUUACAACAGAGUAAUAUACGUGCAGAACCGCCCAGAGACCUGUAAAAAGAUUGUUUUUGACAAACCGCCGCUCGUGGAGCCCAACUUGGAGAACAAGGAGGCUCUUGCCCCGGCACAGUCGGACACAAACUCUUCGCAGUAUACAGAGACGGAGGACUACAGCAUGGAGAUUCUCCAUGUGUGACCCGAUGCCCCACGAUGAGCCCACCUCCACCCUUCCCCCUCUCCACCCACAGACCUGCUCCAACUGUGGCUGUGUCGACAGGCCACACAGGGAGCGCCAGACUCUUACUGGAGUGGAGCAUGACGAGGACAGACGUCUCCCUCCUGUUUUAAUAUUAUUUACCCUUCGUCGGUUUGUUUGUUUGUUUGUUUGUUUGUUUGUUUGUUUGUUUUGUUCCUGCAAGUUGGUGGCUAAUCAUUACAAAUCAGUGUGCGCCAGAUCACGGAACAUUCCAACUACUGCCAUUGUACUGCUGUUGUACAAGACCUGAUGUUCGCCGCUCCGAGUGUGUGUGUGUCAACUGCAUUGGGUCUGCGCGCCGCUGGAGGUGUGUGAGAGGGGUAUAUGAGUGUGUGUGUGUGUGUGUGUGUGUGUGUGUACUGCGUGUGUGUGUGUAUGUGCAUCCACACCGGUUGUAAUGGAGUCUUUAACAAUGCAUUCAAGCACUUUUUAAUUUCCUGAUAACCAGGUUCCCCCCAUUUUAAUAUGAAUAAAUUCCUUUAUAUUGUUGUAUGUGUGAUCUAGAAAAAGAAGCAAACUUGAAGUUUUCAGUAGAAUUCACAUGUUUUAUAUAAUUACAUUUGUAUCCCACUCUACACUCUUUGGAUGAAAAAAAAGGAAUGGAAAUUGUAAUGAGGGAAAGCAGAUCACUCCGAUGAUCCUACAGUUUUUUUCCGAAAAAGAAAAAUAGCCUAUACACCAGGGGAGUUAUUUAAAACCACUGAUUUUAAGCCAUUCAUUCCUUUGCUUAUAAUGAUUUUUGCAUUGAUUUGCACCUAAGGAUGAGGUGGAGUCAAGCCAUCUUGGCCUAAUGAAAAAGAGAAUGUACACUUUAGUACAAGGAUUUUCUACCAGUCACUGGAGCCGGGUGAUCUUCACUGUAGCACCAGCCCACCUUUGCUGAUUUCACCUGUCUUUUCUAGACAGCAGAUACUUUUUGGUUCUUAUACCUCACCAUAAAUAAAAAGUAUUAUUGGGUAAGCGAGUUCUUCCCCUCCAUUACUUUUAGCCAUCCGCAUGAACUCUGUCCGAAGGUUUCAGAUGGACUUGAAAGCUAAUGCAGUAAUUUGUUGAAUUCUUUUGCUAUAGCCAUAUUCAGUCCCUAAUGGCAAUUAGACGACCAUACUUCUAUUGUAGUGCUGCCUUGAAAGGUGCCCAAAUGAAUGAGAAAGUCCUGUUUUUUUUUAUUACACUACCACAGACAACGGGUGUAAUAUCUUAAGAUAUAAUUAUGAGGGAAAAGAUAAAAUAUGGUUUGAACAUGAACAUGCAUUUUAGUAUUCGUAUGCUGACAAGAUUAAAUAGCUGUCUGUGGAUCACUCUGGAGACUGUGGUGUGUCUGUUGUGAAGGGAUGCGAUUUGUUUACACUGUAAUUCUAGAGAUGCUUAGCAACCAUUGGCUGCUGCAGUACUGGAUGUACUGUAGUAGCCUACUUCUCAACACAAACCAUGGGUAAUGCAAUUGAUUAAUUUCAAUGGCAGUGAAAUAGCACUGUUUCCCAAUAGGCAAAUGUGUUCUAUAUUAAUGUAAAUGUACAGGGUACAGUUAACAUAAUUCUUAAAAUGUGAAAAAAUAAAGCUGGAUAAUGAAAUGGGGUGUAGUAGGCUAUUUACUGCAGUUAACAACAGUGUCAGGCUGCAGUCUAAAACAUUAGAAAGGGUGAACACUGCCACCUUGUGGAUAAGACUAGUACAGAAAUAGGCUACAGAAGAGUUGGCCUUCAUGUUUCCUAUCUAUUCCCUCUACUCAGACAGGAGGAAGAAGAGAGAUUUUUCCAGAAACAUCAAAUAAACCUUUUAGGUCCUCCGACAUUUAUCUACAGCAUCAUUUUUGGCAGAAAACAGUGAAAUUUAUCCGUGACCUUUGGGCUUUAAACGUUUUGCACAACUGGACAGGAAAGAUGAAUGUUGAAUAACUAUACUACAAGAUUUGCGACAAAUGCAUAACAGCACUUGACCAAGUCAGUAACCAUCAGAAAGGUCAAAGAUGGAGUAAGAUCAGUGGGCUCAUUUGUAAACAAUGGUGAUAAAAAAACAUACAUGAUAGUUUCUCUCAGAUAUUUGUACAAUUUAACUUUUUCAUUUACAAUUUUUUUUUUUUUUUUUUUUUCAAUUUGUUAUCAGAAAAAAACAUUUGUUUUUUUGACACAAUACUCACAUAGGAGCUGGCUCCUACAAUCCCCUCUUGUACUGAUGCCUCUGUUUGAGCUGUGGACUUUUUCCGGUAUUGUUAAAAUGACCAAGGACUGAGUGUAACUGAGACAUUGAAACCGAAGCUUUGUGAUGUAACUAUGAUCAUUCAAGCCAGCAAGUGUUUAGUACUGCAUUCCAUCAUGUAUGUAUGUAAGUAUGUAUGUAAUGCUUUGCUCUGUAAAAAGUGGCAUAUUUUUGUCAAAAGUGUAGUACUUUACAUACAUGCCAGGUUUGUCAAAGUGGAGUCCUGAUGAAUUGCAGUUUCUUUUCUGAGCAAUGUCACCUCUGACAGGCUAGCGAGUGUUACUUGCGUUUAAACUGCAGUGCUUUACUACUGACUCAAGUUGAGAGUUUUCAACAGGACUGUUUGCCCCUUCAUCUUAUUUCAUACUUUGUGAAAUUACUUUUGGUAGUAACUUCGAUUUUGGUUUUAAAAAAAUAAAUAAAUAUUGAUGUGCUUUGAUUUUAAUUUCCUAUAUUUGAGCAAAGUAUAUAGUAUGAAAAAAUAAUAAAAAUAAAAUGAAGUGAACUUUA